AUGAAACAACUCCCUAUUCUAUUAGCUAUUGUUUAUAUUCAUGGGAUAUCCUGUGAUCAACCACUUGUAAUCACGAAAUCUGGAGCCGUUCUUGGGAAUUUCCAAAAAACCUCUGAUGGGACACAGAUCAACGAAUUUCUGGGCAUUCCCUUCGCGGCACCGCCAAUCUAUAAGUUGAGAUACGAGAAACCCCAACCAUCCACCCCGUGGACUUUGCCAGUAAAUGCAACAAAGUAUUCCAAGGGAUGCAUUCCUUGUGUGAAUUAUGAUCCCAGCCAAGUAGACUUGUACAGCGAGGAUUGUUUGUAUUUGAAUGUCUGGAGUCCGAAUCUUCAAGGUCAACUCCCCGUUUUCUUUUUCAUUCAUGGUGGAGCCUAUGAGACUGGAAGAGCCGGUGAUUAUACUGCUGAAGCUUUUCGAGAAAAUUUUGUUCGAAGGGGAAUCGUCGUCGUCUCAAUUCAAUAUCGACUAGGGCAACUUGGAUUUCUCACGUUAAACGAUUCGGUGAUCACCCCAAAUCUCGGCUUAUGGGAUCAAACGGCCGCUUUGCAAUGGGUUCAAGAUAAUAUUGGACGAUUUGGAGGAAACAAUAAACGAGUCACACUUUAUGGGCAAUCGGCCGGCUCACAAUCGAUCGCUCAACUCGCGUUGUCGCCGAAAACUCAGGCCCUCUUCCAACAAACAAUCCAAAUGAGUGGCUCAACCAUUGGGGCAGCUCCUCGAGGCGCAAACACUUUGGAGUUCUCGAAAAAUUGGACAACUCGAUUGGGCUGUGAUGUGCAGAAAAACGAUUACAAAUCGUGGGCUUUCAGUUUACAAAUCAUG